GCAGCCGAAGGCGUUCCCGAGUCUUUUUCCGCAGCGUUUUCGUUCGAUAACGGAUUAACAUUGGCAUUCACCGAAAAAAGUGCAGACAUGUCGGGGAACUGUUGCAACUUUGCUAUACUGCUGAUGACCAUCUUCUUGGCGAUAGCGUACACGACGCCUCUUCAGUAUCGUAUAGUGGUCGACGAUUAUGGUUACAACGACUAUCGAAGCUAUCAACCGCCCACAAAAUUCGAUCGACCGAUAGUCGUGAAGGCCUUAGAGAAACCGAAAAACCAGCAAGACUUUAGCAAAAUUCCGGGUAUACCCGGCGUAGACUUUCCUUUGUAUCACACCGUACCGCCGACAAGUUUUUCCUGUGCGCACGUUCCAUUCGCGCCGGGAAUGUACGCGAACGUGGAAACCGGUUGUCAGGCCUAUCACAUUUGUCAUGAUGGCCGUGAAGGUCAUCAAGGUGCAUCUUUCCUAUGCACGAACGGAACUCUCUUCAAUCAACGAGAAUUUGCUUGUGAUUGGUGGUAUAACGUAAACUGUGCUGACGCUCCAUCGUUGUACAACAUAAACUUAGAUCCGGACAAGAAUCCUUACUUGCCAAAACAAAAAAAGGAGGCGCUGCCAAAGCACAUGAGGAUCGUUGUGGUUUAAAGUCCGUAAACCUGGUGUUGCAAAAUAUCAAACCUAUUUUGACACGAACUACUGAAUUGCUACUUAUCUGAAUUGCUACUUUGUGGAUUGUUCUAAAAGUAUGAGAACACCGGGAAAAUCACCGGGCAAAAAUAUUGACAGUUAAACAUAUAAAGUUCAAAAUCCAAACCACGUUAUUCAAACUUAAUUAAGAAGUUAAUAAAGCAUUGGAUAGUUUACGUAUUUUCUCUUUGCUUAAUGGUUGUUUAAUGAAUGAUCUUUAUAUGUGCAAACAAAAUUAUAUAACUUUAACCUUAUUCAUCGUUAAAGUGAUUGUACUAGUAUGUCUUCCUUAUCACAAUAUUUCGAAAAUCGAAAAAACAUGUUAAAUACUGUUUGAGAUUUAAACAGCGUACUUCGAAAACAGAAGCUUCAAUUAUCAACUGUCAAUAUUCCAGAAACUACGAAUUUUUAUUGAAUUUUGUGGUCCAUAUAUUUGGGACAUUUUUCAUGUAUCAGCAGUUCAAACAACCAUUUCGAUGGAAUAUGUUCGUCAUAUUUUUAGUUCCGUUGAACUCCAUAAUUUCUUAAUAUUAAAGAUAAUUAUACCAAAUAGAAUUGACUAAGAAAUAUUAAAUCCUCAUCGUAAAGCUCAGAGUGGUAAAUUUUUCUAUGAACAUAAUUUUAGAAUCUGGUAAAAAUUUUCAUUGACCUUAUGGAAACAAUAAUAUUUCUAUAAUCAAAUCCAUGUAUACGUUAUAUCACUUAUUCAGUAAUAUUAUUUCGAUACAUCAUCUCACUAUAUUAUAUACCAAUUUUUGCUCAAUGUAAUACACACUUGAACUCUGAAUGAACUUUCUACUGCAUGCAAACGAAAAGCAAUUGUAUUUAUAUGUUAACCAUUAUGUAUAUACAGAUUUUUAUGGUUAAUAAAAGGAUUGUUAUGAAAGUAUAAAAUAAAAUCACAUUUGUCAUGGCAAACACUCGA